AUGUCAGCUCCAAGAGAAACCAGAAAGAAAACCACCAGAAGAAAGAAGGACCCUAACGCCCCUAAGAGAGCGUUGUCGGCCUACAUGUUUUUCGCCAACGAAAACAGAGACAUCGUGCGCGCUGAAAACCCCGGUGUGACGUUCGGCCAGGUUGGCCGUCUUCUAGGUGAAAGAUGGAAGGCUCUAACGGAUGACGACAAAGUCCCAUACGAGUCCAAGGCUGAGGCCGACAAGAAACGUUACGAGUCCGAAAAGGAGCUUUACAAUGCCACCAAGGCCUAG